CCUUGGCCGUAUCCUUCCAACAUGUAUGUGGCUGGUUCGCCCUAAAACACGCGUUGUGAAAUCAAUCCUAAAACUCCUGCCGCUGCCAGAGCCGGGCACUGCUGUGCUGCAGCGAACGCGGAGCGGCGGAGCGGCCGCGGGCGCGGAUGCGGUUGUGCAGAGGCAGAGCCCGUGGCACGUCUGUACCCGCACGUUAUGUAACGCGCGAGUGCAGCGGAGCGUACGAGCCGGGAAAGAGGCACAAACCCCUCGCCAACACCCAGCUCCUUCUGCGCCGCGGCGGGCGGGGGCUGCGGGGGCUGCGGGCCCGGCCGCCCCCCGGGCGGGAGCCGGAGCGGAGCCGCCCGCCGGCCGCGCCGCCGCCCCGCCCGCGGUACCCCCGCCGUUGGCGUGGAAACGGGCUGGCGGCUCCGGCUCCUCCUCCAGCGCCAGCCCCGCGCUCCCCCUGCCCGGCUCCCCGGCGAGAGCGCGGAGCACCUCCCUGUCUCCCGCGGGGGGCCGCCGGACAAGUGCUCCACGGCCGCCUUUAGAACAGCCCGGGUUUUUACGGUUGUGUUUUCUAGGGAGAAGAUGGGAAAGGGCAGGUUCCUGCUCCUGUUGGGGCUGCGGGGCUAGUCCCUGCAGUCGUGGUGUGUCUGCUCGGCAAAUCACAGAUGCUGAUGUGAAAAAGGGCCAAAGCAGAGGAGAGGCGUCAGUGGAUGCGAGCGUUUGUACUGAUGGAUUGAGGAGGUGGAGGCUGCCUGCCUGGUGCUGGAGAGGUGGAAAGCACAGAUUUACAGAGCUGAACUGGAUCAGCUGAAGAAGUGGGGAAGAGAAACAAAACAAGUACAGUACCAGUGAAAGGAGCUUCAGCUUUAUCUUGCAGCAUCACCACAGCAACCAGAGAACACGAUCAGAAGAAAAGGCUAGAGCAGAGAAGGCGAAAGUGCAGCUUCUUACCUUUGGACAGAAGGCAGCAAAAUCAUUAUGCAGAACAGAAAUGGUAUUUGAUGGUUCUAGACAAACUGCGGCAAAGGGAAGUGUCCCGUCAUUAACAGGAAUGUGCCACAGUUCAUGCACUGGAAAGGGGAGUGCCAUGAGAUCUGCUGAAGAGACUAUUUCUGUGGCUGC